UGUUUGUCGACUAUCGCCUCAGUAGCCACUUCUCCACGACCCACUCACUGCUUCACUACCCCUAAUACAGAUUGUUAUAUACAACACAGCCCAGAAGCGGCCACAUCAUCUCUUAAAGAGUUUCAACCAGCCAACCUCCUGGACCGCCAACUCUGAACCAACAUGGCGUUCCAACCCACCCCGACGGACAUCUCCGUCAUGAUCACAACACCAGCCGCCAACACGACUGAUCGCCCGCAGUUCAUCACCGAGCGCCGUGUCACCCCGACAUGGACAGUCACGCAGCUCAAAGGCAAAUUGGAGACCAUGACAGGGAUUCCACCCGGAUGCCAACGACUGCGGCUCAAGACGCCGGGACAUCCGGAUCAAUGGCUUGACCAGGACGACUCCAGUGUUGGUAACUACGGCUUGACAAAGGGGUCUGAGAUUGAAGUCCAUGACUCCCGUCCUCAGGGCGCACGCCCGAAUUUCACUGACCUCUCCUCUGUGGAGAAGUAUACUCUCCCGGAGUCGACCUACGAGACUCUUCCCAACUCUGUCCUCGCGUGGAAAAAGAACCAGAAGCUCGGCCGCUUUGACCCUAAUGCUUCGUCCCCGGAGGAGUUGAUGCAAGCGCAGGCACAGAAAGAUGCUGAGGAUGUCCAACAAAGAAACAUCACCACCUCUCAACGCGCAAUCAUCCUCCCCUCCUCCCCGCCACACAUCCGCCGCGGCACCAUCCAAUUUGUGGGCCCCGCCCCCACGAUCCCAUUCCCCGGCGUAGAAGCCGACGCGCAGUUGCAGUCCAGCGCGCGCCCAAUCUGGGUCGGGAUCGAGCUGGACGAGCCGACAGGGAAGAACGAUGGGAGUGUAGGCGGCGAGCGCUACUUCACGUGCCCGCCUAAGACGGGCGUUUUUGUCAAGCCGGAGAAAGUUCAGGUUGGCGAUUUUCCGCCUUUGAGCCUUGAUGAUGAGUUGGAUGAGUUGGAGGAGAUUUAGGGGGAUGUGGUUGGGAUAGCCUAGAUGAUUAUUGAGUGGGGAAGACUGGUAAGAGCGACGACGUAAAGACUCAUAUUAAAU